AUGUAUUAUGUCGUUUUAGAAGUCGAAACGGCGUAUAAUGAAGAGUGUCCACGAGAUCAAGGUAGAAUCACAAAAUUCCAUUACCAAUUUUUUGAUGCAGAGACUUUGAAACCAGUUUUCGAGGAGAACAAGCAUGUGAUCCUGGAGCCUAAUCAACCACUUCAGGACGGUAUAACAACGUUGAACCAAGAUAUUUCUGAGAAGAUUGACGGAGAAUUUGUGAUAUGCUCUCUGAAUUCGACCUGGCAAUUUCGGGUGACUAUUCCACGUCAGGCUCGCGACGAAGUUUUUAUUCUUCCGCCACACUUGCAGCACCCAAAAGUUUUUGAUUUAUGGAAGGAAUAUUAUAGAUGGUGCGUGAAUCAUCCAGAAAUUAUUGCUUUGAAGAAGAGUGAUGCUAUCGGCGCGAAGCUCAAAGAUAUAUCUGAGUUGAAGAGAAUUCUCGAGCUAGAUACAAAUGAUGAAGGCACAGACAUAUUGUCUCUGUCAAUAGAAGUUCUUCUUCAACUACACAAGAAAUGUGUCAGUGCCGAGGACAAAUCGAUGGUCUUAACGCAUCCGUACGACUCUUACUUGGAUGUUCGUAAUUUUUUGCAAGAGCGGUCAAAAGUUUUGUACAUGAACAACUUACCACCUGACACAACACAGAGUGAACUAGAAUCAUGGUUCACACAAUUUGGCGCCAGACCGGUCGGUUUUUGGACAGUCAAGAACAUUGUAGAAGAAACUUCCAACGUCAACAAUAAUUGGUCGAGUAAUAACAGCACGUAUGUUGAAAUGCAGGACAGUAUAUCAGGGUUUGUGGUUUUUCAAUUGCACGAGGAAGCCACUGAAGCUCUGUCUCUAAAUGGUAGGUCUAUUUUAUCAAACGUUGCCAAUACCAAACAACCACGAGUCAUUGAGCAUGUUGUAGAGAUCCAACCGUCUAGUGCUCGGGUCCUGGAUCGUGCGCAUGAAAUCCUUUCCCCCUUCCCACAGAGUAAGAACAAACCAAGACCAGGUGAUUGGAAUUGCCCAUCUUGUGGAUUUUCUAAUUUCCAAAGGCGUACUGCAUGUUUCCGAUGCUCUUUUCCAGCCACAAGCGCGGUUGCUGUUAAUAAGAAUGCUUAUAUCAAGAAUCCGUCGCAAGCAUCACUUACAGGGCAAGCUCAGCAACAAGCAUACAAGCCACGGAUGCAAAAUGCUUUACAACAGCCAUCACUGCAACCCCAAACUUUGCAUCAACAACAACAACAGCAACAGCGUAUGCGUUACACUCAAGGACAGCGUUUCCCUCAAAAUCAACAGCAAGGAGGUUCGAAUGUCCCCUUCAGAGCUGGCGAUUGGAAGUGCGCAACUUGCACUUAUCACAAUUUUGCAAAGAAUGUCGUGUGUCUACGUUGUGGAGGGCCUAAGAACACAGAACCCCAGCAGAAGGAACUGGGUGCCACCAAUUCUUUCAGUGACAUUCAAGAAGCUAAUAAUGGGAUGGGUAUCUCUUUGGAUGCGAGGAGCUUUUCGGAACCAGCAUGGUCAGGAACGCAUGUCUAA